UUAUCAAGACAGCGCAGUGUUGCUUCUGACUCUGAGGUGAAACACACAUGCUAAAGGAUUACUCUUCAUGAAACCACAUAAAGCCAUUGUUCUGAAGUAACGGAAAAGUCUCAGACUGGCGGAGUACUUUUCGAGACGCAGCAUUAUUUUUCCAUCUCCUAAAAAAGGUAUAAGAAAGAUCAGAGCUGAUGGAUGUGAAUUGCACUGUGUUCAUCCUGCUCCUGUUCACUCUCAACAAGUUGCUGUUGGAGGCAAGCCCUGAAAGCGAUUACCAGAACCAUCUGAAUUACAAAGAGGAGCAUCACCCUGUGCACCAAAUAGCCACAGCCCAGUAUCAAUGUUUCCAGAAGAUUGUGAAAGAGUCUCGUCACAAAGCAAAGACAGGACCAGUGUGCAACACAACGUGGGAUGGAUGGCUGUGCUGGGAUGAAACUGAAGCUGGCCUCACCACAGAGCAGAGCUGCCCAGGGUACUAUGACGAUUUUGACACCCAUGAAAUGGCGUCUAAGGUUUGCAUGGAGACGGGGGAAUGGGGUCGUCAUCCAGAGAGCAACAGGACGUGGACGAACUUUACAAACUGUAGAAACAACAUGACUGUCCCUGCAGCCAUGACUCACUUUUACCUGGUCAUGACCGGUCAUGUACUGUCACUAGUGUCAUUGCUCAUAUCGUUAGGCAUAUUUUUCUAUUUCAAGAGUCUGAGCUGUCAGAGGAUAACGCUUCACAAAAACCUUUUUAUUUCAUAUGUGCUAUCCUCAGUCAUCACCAUCACCUGGUUCAUCGUUGUAAAUAAGGGACCAAUGACUAAGAAUUCGGCAAGCUGCAAGAUGUGUAUGUUUAUUCAUCUCUAUCUGAUGAGCUGCAACUACUUCUGGAUGCUGUGCGAGGGAAUUUACCUACACACAUUGAUAGUCGUGGCGGUGUUUGCAGAGAAACAGCAUCUUAUGUGGUAUUAUCUCCUAGGAUGGGGUUUUCCACUAGUGCCAACAGUGAUUCAUUCAAUAGCGCGUCACAUCUACUACAAUGACAAUUGUUGGGUCAGUUCUAAUACAGCCUUGCUAUACAUUAUCCAUGGUCCCAUCUGUGCUGCAUUGGUGCAUUCUUUAUUCCAGGUGAACCUUUUCUUCCUCCUGAACAUUGUCCGGGUUCUCAUCACUAAGCUGAGAGUGUCGCACCAGGCCGAGUCCAGCCUCUACAUGAGAGCUGUGAGAGCUACACUCAUCCUCAUUCCCCUGCUGGGCAUCCAGUACGUGCUGCUGAACUACAAGCCCCGUGAACAGUGGAUGCUGGAGAUCUACAUGUACAUCAUCGUCAUCCUCCAGCACUAUCAGGGUCUCUUGGUUUCUACAAUAUUCUGCUUCUUCAAUGGCGAGGUUCAAAGUGUUCUGCGGAGACACUGGAACCAGCAAAGAAUACAGUUUGCAGGUACUUUUGCCAACACCGAAUUCUUUCGCUCUGCAUCCUACGUGGCAUCGUCCCUCACAGAGGUCCACCGCUGCUACAGCAUCGACAGCCACACUGAGCACAUGAACAGCAAGAGCUACUCAGAUAUUUUCAGAUCUGACAGUCCUUUUGUAUGAAGGCCUUUGAAUUCUGCCUUUUGGGGUUCACCUCUUACUUUUUAGCCUCCCAAGAUGUUAUGAAGAUUGAGCUUGUUGUUUUGCUGGAGACAUGGCAACGGCGUACCUUUUUUCCACCUCCUAGACAGAAAUCUUUCAUUCUUUUUAUAUCUUCAGUUUUUCUCAUAAAGUGUACCAUAAGAAGCUUUAUGCAAAAAUCCUGUGGAUAAAAUGAUGUACUGUUCCUGAACAUGGGGAAAUGAAUCACAACGUAAUUUCUUAUGGCAUCAAGACAAAGACUCCAUCGUUUUUUCAGCUGUGUGAAAUAAACGUGAAUUCCUCAGCGAACUAGACAUUGCUCUUUGAACUCUGAGGACAGUUAUGAUUUUGAUUCUGGAGAUCAUUUUGAGUUUGAGGGAGCUAUUCUUUUUAUUAUAAAGGAUGAGCUAGACAAAGAUUUUACAACAUACUUUCAUUUCCACGGUUUAGUUCAAUUUUAUUCAUAUAGCGCCAAUUCACCACAGUUAUCUUAAGGCACUAUACAAGGUAAAGUUUACAUAGAACCUUACACUAUUAAACCUAUUAUAUUAUACCUAAACACUAUUUUGCAUACUGUGCACUCUGUAAGUGACCAAUUCUCUACCAAAUUCACAUCCAGCUCUGUUUGUUUUUUUGUUGUGCAGGUUUACUAGAAAGCACAGCAAAAUGACACUGCUCCUGCUAAUGCUCAUAUUAUUGGGAGAGGAGUUGGCUGUCAGUGAUUAGGCUGAACAUGAUUUAACAUGAUUUAAGUUUUGGCUCUAAUUAUUGCUCUAAACUCUGGAUCAACAACACAAUGGUUAUAAUUUCAUCUAGAGAAUUUUAUAAUUUAGUAAGAACUUUCUAUUUUGUUUUAUUUUGUUGAAAUAGAAGUUACUGACAGUCAAAAGGCCCCGAUGCAUAAACAUAUGUAUAUGUUUCCUUUAUGCGUUUAAAACUGAAAAUGUUUUGGUGCCAAGGCGAAGGUCUAUAGUUUCUUUUUUUAGUAGUUAAAAAUAUUGAAACACUGUAGUGGUGUUUUUUCAGUGCAGUAUUUUUGAAGCUAAUAUAGCUAAUGGUUUGUGUUUAAGAGAAUAUUCCAUAAUGCUGGAGAGAUGAUUUUAAGGGGACAUGUGCAUGUCUUUGUUCAUAUAGAUUUGAAUGUGUAUGAAUAUGACACAUUCUAGUGUACAGCGUGUGAAAUAGAGCUUUGUACUGCCACUGCUGUGUUCACCAAUCCAAAAAAACAAUUUAGUUUUGAUUAAAGGAACUGAUUUUCAAUGAGGGCUGACCAAAAUGACCUUGGGUAGUAUGUAAGAAUGAAGGGACACUCAGAUUCCUCCAUAUUAUCUAUACAGAGAAAUUAUCAUUUAUUCCUCUGCAAAAAGCUUCUGAAACAUCUCAGAGGACUUUUUUGCCUCGGGCUCAAGGACUACAACUAGUGCUUCCUGGUUGAGUACCUGUCCCAGCAAUGGUCGGGCUGAGAGGGGGGCAGAGCCAGCCUGCUGGAGCGCAAUUGCUCAGUCCGCCAUUGUUUUUCUUGCAUACCUGUACACCACUAAUAUUCAAUUGCCGGAGGUCCUGCUGUAGAUUAUUUAGAAGACAGCAAGUACUUCAGCACGCACAGUCUGAGUCAACGCCAACGAGUUACGUCAUAUGGCAAGUACGCAGCUGCCCAGGCCUACUGCAACAGCCAAGAGCUAGAUGCAUCAUGUCUGCGCUGAAAAAAGUACAACUGAAUCUAACAAAUGUUCAGACAUUGCUUUAGAUUUUUAACAAAAGGUUAUAUUUAAGUGUGUUUGAAUAAAGACAUCAUUUGUAAGUGAAUCAAAGCAGACAGGUAUUAGAAAGCCUCAAAUUCCUCAUUUAGCCAAAAGCCCUCUUCUUUUCUUCGUCUGCUGUUAGUGGUUGGAAAAAAAAAACUUGUCCCCAGAGACUAGUCUAUGUGUUGAUACGCGCCCGGCCAAUAUUGCCUAGAAAAGAAUGAAAUUAGUUAUUUUAUUAGUACAAGAGUUGCUGUCAGCCAGCAAUAUACAAGCUAGCUUUGGCAAAUUAACCUAACACUACUUCUGACAGUUUAAAACACCAUAAACAGCAGCUUGUAACUUUACUCAAACUUCACAGCACAAAUUAAAACAAUAAAAGGUUAAUUUUAAUACUUACUCAGUGCUCAUUUGACUGUUUUUCCCGGAUGUUUUUUUUCUGGUCUGUCCUGACACGAUGUAUCCGAUGCUCUGCCUGAAGACAGCUCUGGUCUCUCUGCUGCGGGUGUUGGUUCCUUACGGGCAGCCUCUUCCUCCUCCAAACGGCAUAACUUGUUGGCCCUGUACUCGCUGUCUCCUAAAUAAUCUACAACAGGACCUAUGGCCAUUAGAAUAUUAGUGCCAUAGGCCUAUGCGAGGAAAAACAAUGGCGGACUGAGAAGUUGCGCUCCAGCAGGCUGGCUCCGCCCCCUCUCGGCCUUACCAUUGCUGGGGAAGGUACAGAGGAAACCAGGAAGCCCUAGUUGUAGUUUUUGAGCCUGUGCCAAACCAUCUGCCGAGGCAUCUUGCAGGAGGAAUAAAUUAUAACUUCUCUGCAUUGUAAUUAUGGAGCAAUCUGAGUGUUUCUUCAUUCUUAAAUAUUACCUGAAGUCAUUUUGGUCAACCCCCAUUGAAAAUCGAUGAAGUUUUUCUUUAUGAAUGUAUGGAGAUUUUUAGAUGAGAUCUCUGAACUUUAGGUGGCCCGUGAGUAAAUUCAGCUGGAACUGACACACUGGUCGAGUUAUUACAGGUAUAAGCAAGGGUGCUGCCAUUAACUUACAGUAAUGCUGUAAGAACAAGUGGGGAGCUGCUGGUUUCAGCCUUCAAAAAGAGGAAUCACUGAUCAGUUUCAUCUGCAGUACAUUUGUACUGUAUUUAGAUUGUAUGAAGAUUUACUGUAACAUUCUGCUUUGAAAUUGCCCUUUUCAUUGGCUAAGAUUUUAGAUAAUGUGUUGAUUACCUGCAUUUACUGUAUUUACACUGGACGUACCUUCAUUCUGUGUUACUUUAUGUUUGUGCUCAUUUUGCUUAGUAAAUUGUAAAAACUGUUUUUCAUAGUUGUUGCAUUUUUCAUAUCUGGACAGGACAAAAAAACGGAAACAGCAGACUCUUUUCUAAAGCCGUCAAGAACUUCUAUUGUUCAUUCUUCUUCAAACCAUGCAAGCCCACAUAUGAAGUGAUGAACAGGCUCUCACACAGUAUAUAUGUGCUUUCUGCUUUAUUUCUUUUAGCUUUUUGCAACAUAGUUUUGUCAGUAAUGUUUGACAGCGCUGGUUUGUGCUAAGAUAAUAAUACUGUAAAUAAAAACAAGCUGGUUUUAAACUGAGA